GAGAAGACAGCUACAUGUAGUAUGGCAUCUAGCGUCGCAGAUUAUUUCAAUUCAAGCAACUUUUAAAUGACAAAGUUGAAGUUAAUACUAUGUGCUGAAAAUGCAGAUUACGGAAACAGCCACGUCACCUGAAGAAAAAGAGGCACUAAGAAAUCGCCGGAAUGAUUCCUUGACCAAGUUCUUCAGACAUUCUGCAGUAUCUGGAGUCCUGGCUUUCGUGGGGAUCGCUGUGGGUAUUGCCAGUAUUGUGGUGGGAGUGGAUAAUGGACCAUUUCAUCUGGCGGGCGGAUCUCUAAUUCCAGGAAUAUUGAUCUGCAUUUGUGCCAAUCUUGGAUAUCAGAUAUAUCUAGCAGGACAAACUCACCAGCGUGACGAGAAUGUCGGAACCAAGGCCAAAUGUUUGUUUGUGGCCCACUACGUUUUAAAUUUACUGACAGCUCUGAUUUCCCUGGCGUUUAUUGCACUCUCAGCUGUUGGCAUCGCUUGGUGUUCUGGAGUUGAACAUUAUUACGUUAGAAUUAACCGUAUCACCUACAAGAAAAACACCACUUGUCCAGAAAAUAGAACGGCCGCCAUAGUGACGGGUGGGUUAUCCAUGGUUGACAGCUUCCUGAUAAGUGUGUGGUGCAUUCUGGGAACAGUUUUCUUUUGUUGUUACUUUAGAGCAUUUGGACUCCGACGGAGGUACAGAUAUUAUUCAUAUUAACUGGAUACUUACCAUGUUGAGGAAUUCUAAAAGCAACUGCAAUAUCCCUAGCUUAAAUUCAGAAAUAAAGGAGAAUAACAGUAGCACUGGCAAGGGUAUCAUAUUACAUCAAUCCGUUUGUUUGAUAGGAACUUAAGCAAUGGACUACAUGUAUAUGUACUUAUGCAGAUCUGCAGGUUAAUGAAAAAUCUAGAAUAUGUGGAACA